AACUUAGUAAGCUGACUGUGGACGAAGUUAAAAAUAAAUGUAUACUCUCUAUGAAAAAAGUACAAUGGUGGGCUGCGAUUCAACGUUUAUGUAAGCAAUGCUUGUGAACCUGAAUUUCUUUUUAGGCAAUUAUGACUGCUGUUGUGACGCUAUUUGAAUUUGAAUCAAAAAGAGAAAAAGGUCAGAAUGAUUUUUUCUGCCUUCGUCAACUCAUCCAUCCUUCUACAACUAUGACAGAUCUUGAAUCCUUUGCCUCAUUUGAUUUUGAUCCUCGGUUAGCUAGAGCUGUUGCUCAAUUGGAAUUUACAAAGCCUACACCCAUUCAAGCUCAAGGGAUACCUUUAGCACUUGCUGGCAAAGAUAUCCUUGCUAGAGCUCGUACAGGGAGUGGUAAAACAGCAGCCUAUGCUUUACCUAUUAUACAGAAAAUCUUGGCGCAAAAAGAGUCAUCAGAUGAUACAGCAUCCAUCAAAGCAUUGAUUUUAGUACCUACAAGAGAAUUAGCCGAACAAGUGACAAAUCAUAUUCAAAAACUUUUGGCUUAUGCUAAACAGUUAGUGAAGAUUGUGAAUUUGGCCAGCCAAAUGUCUAUUCAAUUACAAAGGUAGACAAUAGAAUAGCUUACCCUCGAUUGCGUACAAAGAUCAAUUUUUCUUAACGAUCCAUGCUUCCUUUUUCGAAUCUGUUUUC